AUGGCCUCGCCGCCAGCUGGGAGCGGUUCGUCAACAGGUCACUCGCCGCUGGCACACACCGGGGGAUCGAUGCGGGUGCAUUCACAAUCGCCUCCACCACCAUCAACACAGCAGCAGUUAUUGGCGCGGGAUCACCGGCAGCGGCAACAACAGGCACCUUUAGCACCCACUUCCUCCUCUCCUGGCCUCGAGCGACGUCGAAACCUCAGCCCACGUCAACAGCUCACUGCUGCUGGUACUGCCACUACAACUGCUGCCUCCUCAUCGCACAGUGCCUCUCCUGCUCUUUCUAACAGUCCUAUUGAGUAUCCGGUCUACUUCUGCUACAAAUUCACAGAACCUACUUUUCCUACUGGAACUUCUGACGCUCCAUCCUAG